GUACAUUUUAGCAUCUCAAGCAACGCAAGUGGCGUAUGUCAACUAUCCAUGCACAAAACGAAAUCGAGGUGAGUGGAUGGCAGUUUGCAAAGUUCAACCUAGAGGCUGGGUAGACACUGAGAGUCCAAAAGAAAUCCAAGAUGCAAUGUUACAGGAUCCUUUCCAACAAAGUGUGACGGACUCAACUAGCAUCAUGGUUGUUUCGGAAAACAAUGAUGUUGUAACUCUAAUAGGUGAAGGAAAUGCAGACUUUGAAGAAGAAGAUUUGAAUUUUGAGAAUAUGGAAGAAGAAGAGCCCAUUUUAAGUUCUGAAUAUUCAAUGGAAUCAAUAGAAACAACAGAUAAUGAGUCUAUGACAGAUAAAGGCAAGGGUAAGAAGCAAAAGAGCUCGAAGACGCCAUCUUUUGUUAGUUCGGCAAGGGAUAGCUUGAGACUUCUACGACAGAGUUUCAUGACUCGAUCCAGAGACGAUGCCGAAGCAGGUUGUAGCAACCCCUCGGUUAAUACGUCCACCCCUGAGAUGGAUGCAUCAGCAUCACCUCCGCCCACGUCACACACACCUUUGCAUUCUGGUGCUAGCACCGCUGGAUCGCACACAUUCGUAUCUGAGUCAAAUUUACAAUCUUUCGAAAGUGAGAGUGAGCACAGAGAAAAUGAUGUUGAUGACCGAGAAGAGGAGGACGAUGAGGAGGAUGAGCAGUUGGACCCACUCUUUUGGAAUUCCAAUGAAUUUAAGCAAGAAUCUGAAGUGAAGAAAAAGAAUAGAAGAAAGGGAAAGAAUGAAGGCGUAGCUAUAGGGACCUAUACUGGAGGGUCGAUUCCUUUCUCUGAACACCUUGCCCGAUUGGCUCAAAAGUCUGAAGCUCCAGUAACAGUGGUGGAUGCUUUCAAGCACACCAAGACGAAGAAACAUGAUGGACAAACAUGGAUAGAUCCAGAAAAUGCACAACUUGAGGCUGAUUUUGUACAAUUGAAACAAAUGGCUGAGGAAUCAGGCCUUCAAGUCACGGAUCAAGAGAUUUUGUUUGAGCUAGUUGGUGGCUUUGAUCAAAAGAAUAGGAUUAAGGGAGUCGGAGAUCUUGCUGAAGAAAUGAAACCCCUCAAACCUAGAUAUCAAAGCAGAAGAAAGAGCACUAGUGAUAUUUCAGAGAUUGAGCGGUUGAGAGCGGAGAACGAAGUCAUGAAGGCAAGGUUGCUGAUAUCUGGUUUAUUUGCGACGGAUUUAUUCCGUCGCAAAUACCGUCGCAGGCGAGUUUCUACCUUCUUCGGGUGGGUUCUCCAGCGAGUGGCUGGGGUUGGUCCAGGCAGCCGGUCGUCUGAGGAGAGAAGGGGGCGGAUCAACAGCCGGGUUAGUGGCUGGUUGGGUGGUGGCAAUUUGUGGGCUGCGACCUGCUGUCCGACAGUGACUGCAGUAAGGGUUCUGCCAGGCUGGUCAGGUGAGACAGCAGUUGGGCUUUCGGCCUUUAAUAGGCCCGCUAGUUGGGGGUUACGAGACUCACUCGUUCUCUCGUCAGUUCGUUUUGGCGUUCCUCUCCUCUGCCCUGCGUCUGUUUUGUCGCCGUCGACCAGGAGCCAGCGACCCCAGCAAGCCGCCGAGUCUGCCUGGAACGCCACCGUCGUCAUCGCCGUUACCCCUCUUCCCGUCGCGCAGCUGCUCCGGCCGCACCAGGGAGUUGCAGCGGCAGCUUCUCUCUUCCGAGUUGGAGUUUUAAUUCUUCAAUUCGAGGUAGAAACACAGGUUUGGAUGGGCAACCCGGAGGACGGUGAAGUGGUGAUGCGGCGCGGAUGGCUCCCGUUUACUGAUCGUACUACCUCUCUUGGUUUUAUGUGUAGAGAUGGGAUCAUAUUAGCUUCUUGCUCUCCCAAGAGCACUAGAACAAGUGAAAUAUGCAGUCCUAGCUGUUAUAGUGCUGCCUAUAUGAGAGAAAACAUAAACAAAGAAUGCCAGUGAACCUAGCUGCACUCCUCUUUCAAGACAUGAUGAAACAAUUCUAUGGUCCGAAGUUUCUUGGUUCCGUACUUGCUGGAUGGGAGCUAUAUGUAAGUUACAUAUACAAAUAUAUUAGUUUUUCCUUAAUAAAUACUCCCUCCGUCCCCCUAAGAUCUUCUCGUUUUGACUUUUUACGGUUUUUAAGGAGAGUUGAAAAAAGGUGAAAGUUUACCAAAAUACCCUUAAUGAAAAUGGGUGGUGUGUAUUAAAUAAGGUGGAAAAGGUGUAAUAAAUAAAGUAGGGGUAGUUGUAGUAUUUUAAUUAUUAAAAAAGGUAAUGAGAAGAUCUAUGUGGGACAAAUAAAAAGGGCUAAUGGGAAGAUCUAUGGGGGACGGAGGGAGUAUAUGUUCUGAUUAAACAAUGACAUCAUCUUUUUUCAAGUCCAGUUCUUUUCUUUGUUGACCAUGAAUACACACUUGUGAAUUGU